AUGGCGGGACUUGCGGGAGGCCGCUUCCAGGAGCUGAUCGAGCAGCUGUUAGCGGAACAUGAGGAGGAGGUGCGAUGCCUGAAGGAAGAGAAUAGCGCCCUGCGAGAACAGCUUUUAAAUCCAUUGAGCCCAGAUGAUUCUGUGCAGGAGCCUGAGUCUCCGAAGUUGCAGGUUGAGCUGCAAGACGAGGACGAGGAGCCCAGGCGAGAUAGCAGUGAGGUUCUGCGGCAGGAGGCUGACGAGACCAACCCAAGCCCGGAAGCGCCGGCCGCGGUGGUGAAAUUGGGUGAGGCCUCACGGAGCGCACGCAUCCCACCGCCAUUGGAGAGCGAUGGCGAGGACGAAAGCGGGGAGAGCAAGGAACGCGGCCGCAGCAAGGAAGGUGCCGGGGUGCAGACGGUCCGGGCCAUCUUCCACCGGCUGAGUGCACUGCCAGCUUCCGCCUUGCAAGGCCAGAUACCUGCUCGCUGCAGUGUGGUGGUGAAAAGCGGAGAGAUGAGUGGAGAAACCAAGAUAGCAGCAUUGAACGAGGAGAUGGACGCGGACGCGGAUGCGGAUGCUGCCCUGCCCCACGCGGUGAGCCAUGAUGGUGAGACGACUUUCAAAUGUGAUUGGGGUGACGAUGGAGCAGAUGUGUUGCUCUACGUGCCUUCAGCAAUGUUGGAUGAAUACAUGCUGGUCGAGAUCCAAUGCGAAGGACUAGGGACCAUCGCCACGGGUCAAGUGAAACUCAAUGCGCACCGACAGCCCUGGAAGCUGGAUCGAGGCGUUUUGGAUGCGGAGAUUCACCUGGAGAAGGUCACGACUCCAUCAGGGCAGCGUCGGACCAGCACGACCACCAGGGCUCGAAUUGUGGAGAGGCUUGAGAAGCUCUUUGAUGUCAAGGAUCCGUCGGUGAAGCUGGUGAUGUCUCGAGAUUUGGGCGCUGCCAUGGACAAAGCCUCCCAGAUCAAGUCCAAAACCAGCAAGCGGCAGACAGCCAGGUUCGAAAGUGCACUACACCCAGAAGAAUUGGAUGAGGUCAUGGGUGAGCUGAAGCGCAUACACGACAAAGCCAUCGAGAAGACGCGCAAGACGGUCCAUGCUCAGCCUGUGAUCUCAUGGCAUGGCUUUGUGGAGUGCAUGUUGCUGUCAGACCUCCCAAAGUUCACCCAUGGGCCACUGGCCUUGAACCUCUUCAUCGUGCAGCGAGAGUUGUUGGGGGACGAGAUGCCGGCCAGCGGGACCUCUGUCGCGCUGCUGAUGGCCUACGAGAAGAGCAAGAAGCCCAAAAGUCGAUCCCAGCGUUGGGUGAGCGUCGUCACUGCACUCUCCACCGGUGCCAUCAUCAUCAGCUUCAUAAUGAUGGGAGUCGCCUUGGACACCGACCCAGAGCUUCAGAUUUGGUUGGCCUUGGACACCAUCUUUGCGAUGAUCUUCGUCGCGGAGGUGGUUGUGAAAUCGUAUGUCUUGACACCCAAAGCGUACUUCUUCGGCCGGGAUGGUCUUUGGAAUUCUUUCGACGUGGGGCUCUCGCUAGUGGCAGUGGCCGAAAUCGUGAUCAACAUCAUCUUCACCAGUGCCGGGGCACAAGCGAAGGCCGCGCUGGUCUUGCGCGGCUUGCGCUUGGCCCGUAUGGCCCGGCUGGCGAAGUUGAUCCGAAUGCCAUUGCUGUCCGAGCUGGCCAAUCUGAUUUCAGGUUUUGUUCUCAGCGUUCGCUCCCUUUUCUGGGUGAUGAUCUUCCUUACUCUGAUUAUUUACGUCAUUGCGCUCGGCUUUCGGGCCGGGGUUCAGACCUUUUCGGACCAGGUGCAGAACGAUUGCAGCUACAAAAGCAACGUUUUUGGAGAUUAUUACGACUUGAGCCCUGAGUUGAACGAUGAACUCCCUGCUGGUUGCAAGCUGCACUACAUGUACGGCCUGGAGUUCUGCUCUUCCGUCAUGGGUUGCAUGUUCUCCAUUUUCCGCUGCAUGAUCAGCGAGUGCACUACCAAAGGUGGCCGUUCGUUGACCAUGGUGUUUAGCGAUGGCAUUGGACUGGAAUUUGAUGCGUUCUAUGCCAUUUCGAUGGUGGCGGUCAUUUUUGGCCUCUUCAACAUCAUUACGGCCAUUUUCGUCGAAGCGACCUUGAAUGGUUUGAAAGAGAACGAGGUCCAACGAAGAUAUGCGAAAGCUUACGAAUCGAGCUACAUGACGGAACAACUUGCGAAGCUUGUGAUGACGGUGUCCAGCCAAGUGCAAAAGCUUCGGAGCAGGACAGAUGGCAUGGCGCUGCUGUCCGAUACCUUCCAAAAGGGUUUGACCAAAGGUAUGAGCAUGGGGAAUGAUGCACCUGCGCCUUCGAAUGCUUUGCAGAAGGGUGAGAUCUACUUGAGUGAGGAGGAGUUCAACCAGCUUGUGAGACAUCCGGAUGUCAGAUUGAUUCUGAAUGACUUGGACGUGAAUGUUGAGCCACGACCAGGAAUCUUCGAAGCCUUCAAUACCGAAGAAGAUGGAACGGUAUCUUUGUCUGAGCUGGUGUCGGGUUUGAUGAGACUUCGUGGAGAGCUUCACAAGGUGGACAUGGUCAUCGCACAAAUGAGCCUGGACAAUGUUGUGAAGCAGGUCAUGGAUGUCAAGAAGGUCCAAGCUGAGCUGAUGGCCAGACGAAAGGUCACUGUCGUGCCCCGGGCUAAAAUCAAAAAAACCGACAAGGCGCCCCCAAAGGCUGUGGUGGUCAACCUACCAGGGAUUUGGGAUCUGUGGUUUUGACCUAGAGUCCUAGAGCCGAAUGGGCCACUCGGCCGCGGCUUCAAAACUGCUGAACUUCAGCUUUUGUCUCCCGUCUUGGCUGGCGGUUCGUUGUUCUGGUGGCUUUCCCACAACUGGGUGAUUCAGAGGUGUACCUUGGGUCAACUCCGAUUCAC